UUGUCCUGCCUUGUUACAUGUCACCUGAACAGAUCGUCACGGUGACCGCCGCCAUCUCGAUCUUGAUGGCGUUCUUACAGCCGGUUCAUCCGAGCCUUACCAGAGCUCAGACCCUUCAAGAGCAGCGCAUCAGCUCCCUGGACAAGGUCAUCACCGGCACAAAGGCCAUCUUACAGGCAUUGUUCCUUCUGGAACAUAUGUUGUGGCCAAACCAGCCACCAGAGACUCCGCUGCACCUCGUGUUGCCUCGCGAGAGUCGGCCAUUGAGUGAUUUGAUGCUGGAUUCCUUCGAUGAAUUUCAUGAUGCUGUCCUCAACGCAAUUCCUGAGGCCCUCAUCCGCGUGAAGUUGCGCUUUCGCAACAUGCCCCAGAACCUGAAUACCAACCCGACCGCCUUGGACGAGGAUCCUCAGCCGGCAAACCCUUCGACUCCGUCGACUGUGCCGAAUCCAGCUGCAUCAUCUUCCACCGGCGCUACCUUGGAGCACUAUUGA